AACAAACUUGCAGAAAAAGUAGAUAGGAUGUAGGUAUAUGAAUUUAGUUUUUUUAAAACAUUGUUAGGUUGUUGACCUCCAAUUUUGAACUUUUAACAUGACUAGCCAUUUAAUAAUCUCAGAGUGGGCGUCUUUAAAGUGAAAGAAUGGUUUAAAAAAAUAACAAAAUAAAAACAGCACUAACUUCUACUUCAACCCCCUGAGUUGGCGGCAGCGGCUGCUACCACAAACAAACAACAACAUGACGUCGUGCGCGCUGUGACGUCAGCGACAACAGCAACAACAACAGCUGCUCUCAUAACGUUUUACGUAACGGGCGGGAGAGGGCGCGCCGGUAACAUUUGUUGUAUACUCUGUUCUGUUCAGGUUCGCCAUAACUGGUCGGUGGUCUCAGCACCUGUCAAAGGUGAAGUGACGAUUUCCUUCUCCUUGUCGGAGCAGCCUACCUCUUUUCCUCCAGGAAAAAGGAAUCGGUAUUAAUAUGACUGUGGGACCUGGUACUUAUGCCCACCGAUAUAUUCCAAAAAGAAAUGCUCUUAAGAGUGGCCCUGCACAGAGCAGCUCAAAUUCAGGGAAUCCAUCAUCAAGCUCUGCAAGCACAUCAGGACAUCCUUACAAGCGCACUCAGCCCAGUUCAUCUGCCUCUACUGACCCACCGGGAAACAUAGGGCCUAAUGUCUCCAAUUCUACCAAAAUUGGUCAAAUGGCUCCAGUACUAGUUCCUGCCCGCCGCCCUCAUGCUGUAGUUCAGGGUGCUCAAAAUCCUGGUGCCUUGGGUCCUCCUAAUCCCAGAGCUGAAAAGAGGCGCUUUAUUCAACAGCAUUUGGUUCUGAUAUUGCAUGCUUUCCAGUGCAGACGCAAGCAACUUCAUGAAUUUUGUCAGCUUCCACACUGCGCAACAUUCAGAGAAGUACUUGGUCACAUGAGCACCUGCCAGCAAGACUUAGCAUGUCAUUUUCCUCAUUGUACAUCUUCUAAACAAAUAUAUCGCCAUUGGAAAACCUGCCACCGAGCUGACUGUUCCAUUUGUGUUCCAAUAAGAUUGGCUGACCGCCUUGAACGAAAUCACUAUUGAGAUUUCUAGCAGGUUAAAACUCAUGACAAAAUUUAGUGAAAAAAAUGACCUCAAGCCAUAACAAUCUAAAAUAUCAGACUUAAGCCUUCUUUCUUAAGUUACAGGCAUUUGUUAUUGAUUGAAUUGGUGGAUUUAGUGAGUUUCAAAUUUCAACAUAAUCUGUUUUACCAGUUAAAAGUUCCACAUGCUACUCGGUCCACACCAUUUGUCCCCAAUGUCUCUUAGCUAUUGUGGUUUGAGGUUUUCACUCCGUUCUUCUCACAAUGUUUGGGAUAUCACAGUUAACUUUAAUUCUGUGCUUCAUUUAACUAUUUACUGUUUUCUUCAGAAUUAGUCCUGUGCAGUUAAUGCAUCUCUGUUUUUAAAUUAUUUUGAAUGACGCUAGUGGAUUGUAUCAAUUUUCAUCCAAGCUUUAAAUAGGUAUUUCUUGGAUUAGCUGCAUACUAAUUCAGCAGCUUUUCUGAAACAGUCCUGAAGAAAAAAAAAAAAACAACCCCAAAACUAGCAGAUAUUCUUCAUGACCACCAUUGCUUUACUCCAUUAUAUUUAGGAUAUGAAAAUAUGAUGACUUGAUUUCAUUGAUGUUAGUGCAGUAGUGGAUGAGUGACUACAGUUAGUCUUGACAUGAAUCAUGUUCUCCAUUCAUGAGUUACAUGGCACAAAACGUUUUUCCACAACAUUUAUAUUUUGCUGGUCUUUUCUUAUAUGCAAUUUCUCCCUCAACCAUUUUUCUUAGAUACCUUGAACUUGUUUGGUUUUAAUUUAACAGCAUGUGUGUUUUUAUUGUUUUCUUGUCUAAUUUUUAGUAGAUUUUCUUCUUUGACAUUUUAUGAAAGAUUUACAUGUGACCUUUUCUAGGCCUUUAUUUAACAAGUGGAAUGAGUUAAAAGAAUGCAUGGUUAAAUUAAUUAAAUUUGUACAUAUGUAUUAAAGAAGUAAUGCAGGUUUGUUAACAAAGAGAAUGUUUGUAUAUAGUUCAUUGAAUAUGUUCUUAUCUGAUAUCUGUGAUGUUUCUUCUAUUAUCAUGAUCAAAGUUCUUCUUAUUACAUUCUACUUGACUGGUUCAACUUUUUUUCCACCACAAACAUUUAUGUGGUAAAUAUGAAUUUUUUAUCAGUCAAAAAUGACUCAGCCUAGCAAUCUCAAUCAUGAACACAAGUGUUUUGUCAGUUUGAUCUCGCUUGCUAAAGUAUAAUUGUUUUAGAAUGGUAAUUUUAGAAAGACUUCAUUAUGUGUAAUGAUUACUGCCCAAUUAAUCAACCAACUCAAUAGUGUUCUGUAUGUCCUUUGUCAGCUGACAUGCAUCGGACUUGCUCUGAGGUCAAACUGGAGUUCUUGAGUGUGGUUCCACAGUAUGUCAGGUAGCUGCUAAUAAUAACUUUUUAUAGACUAUAUUAUGCAUGUAAAGUUGUACAUGGCCAGGUAAUCCAUUAUCCACUUGUAGGUUAUCCCAUUUUCUUGUCUAGUCACUGUCUCAUGAUGGUUGUGUUCUUUAUUAGUUGUGGUCUUUACUGAGUCCCACAAGGUUUUAGAAAAUGUUCUGUAAUACUGUUUUUCUUUUUGUUUGGAUUUAUAGUUGUUUGGGAAAAGAAGUAAAGGUGCAACUUUGUCCACUCUUUUCAUAUAAACUGAAUGACUCUGAUCUUGAGCUUUUCUUAAGAGAUUUUCAAGGAUUGAAAGAGAAGUAAUUUCCAGUUGGACCUAUCUUUUAUUAUUUUGAAAAUGUUGUGUUUAUAGAAUUUGCUGGUAUCCGCCAAGUUGGACACUUUUACAAUAGCUUCAAAGUUUGCAACUUUUACGUGAAAUGUUUAUUUAAACUACUGUAGGUAUAUUAUUUAGAUGGGUGGUCAUCUGAAGACUCCUUUCUUACUAAGAGUAAGACUGCUUUGAUGUAUAAGCUUCUCAGAUUUAGAAAAUACACAGUGGUGUUCUGAUGUCUGCCAAAAAUAUUUGGAAUUUACAAGAUAAAGCUUGGGAAGUAAAUGUAAGCGUUUUGUCCUUUUAAUUGUAGACUGGUUAGCUGGGGUUUUAACUUUUUUGAGAUGAUAGCAUCCCUUGGUCUUAUUGUUUUUUUGUUUUUAUUUGUUUUGUUUUUUUGUCAUAUUGAAUGGGAUUUUAAAUUCUAUGCAAUUAGCAACUCUUACAGAAAUUAGUUUCUUAAUUUGUAUUGGAUAAAAUUACUUGGAAAAAUGUAACCUGCAAGCAGUAUUUGCUUUUUACAUUAUCAACUUUCAAAUUGCUGCUUGUUAUGAGAGCAAUUUUCCUAGACAAGUUAUUGGUUUCAAUGCAAUUAUGCCAAUGCAUCUAAUGCAAUUACAUACCUCCUGUUGGAGAUGUUCAAAUGUUGUUCAAUGUUUUUUCUUGUAAUGUUGCAGGAAAUAUUGAAAUAUGUCCAAACUGAUUGGUUUUGUCCAUGUGUUCAUCUUUAAGCAUGUGCAUUGCACUGCACCUAUGUAUAUGGUUUUAUUAAUGUUUUAUUAUUGGGAUUUUUUAAAAACUCUUGAUCUCAGUGCAUUCCUUAGAAUGUUGUUUGAUGCAAAUGUUACGCAUUUGACUUUGACCUGUCUGUAACUAUCCCUCAUUUAAAUAAAUUGAAAAUAAACCUUA